UACGAUCUCGGACAGUGAGGAUGAGUCGCCGGAGGUGAAACACAGCACGAGCUCGUCCUCGAAGGGCUCGUCGCACAACGCGGCCUCGGGUCAGGCUUGUACGCGUGGCACACAUCAAUCGUCGUCCUCGUGCCGUGGAGGAGGGGGAGGAAGCGGUGGAAACGGUUGCAGCGGGGGUAUUAAAACGUCCUCGUCCUCCUCAAACGUUGCGCACAAUUCGUCCGCAUCGAACCAGCUCAGCGGUGGAUCCGGUGCCCAUCAGCAGCAACCACAACCACAACCGUCGUCGUACCAGCAGUACGGACAACCUCAGCAGCAACACAUGAGUGUCAUCAGUAGUGGUAGUAGCGGCGGCAAUGGUGCAUCCUGUAGCGGUGGCUCUAGCAGUGGCCGACAGCGCAAAUCGACGGCCGUGUCAUCGUCGGCGACCGCGUGCGUUACGCUCGGGGACAGCGAUGGCGAAGGUGAACGUCGCAGUCCAAAGCAUCAGCCGAUUAAGUACGAACAGCACGCCGGACAGUCGCAGAAGAAGCGUCUGCUUGCGAUGGCCCAGAACGAAUGUCUGCUGCUGCCCUCGUCCGGCGGCAGCGGUGGCAGCCAACAGCCACUGCACGUUCCGAAACAGGAGCCGAGCGAGUUUGUCGCGUACGAGUAUCCUUCGCAGCAGCAGCAGCAGCAGCAGGUCGACAAGCGUUCCUCGUGGGCCCCACCAACGAUGGGAUCGUCCUCCUCGUCCUCCCACUACGGUGGCGGUGGACACAAGCGCGAAUCGUCCUCGUACAUCCCGUCGUCUUCAGCAUCGUCUUCGUCCUCGCUGGCCGCAGCAACGGCAGCCGCAGCAGCAGCCGCCGCCGCAGCCAUCCAGCAGCAGCAACAUCAAGGUGGCGGCAGUGGAGGAGGCGGCUGCAGCGGGGGCUCCCUCGGGCAUGCUCCUCCGCCGCAUGCUCACGCCAAGAGCACGCCGACCGGGGCGACCUCCUGGGGUCCCCCGACGGCGGCCGUGUACCGUCAGCAUCAGCCGAGCGCCAACACGCCGCUCGGCAGCUCGCCCGGAGCCAUCCUGCAGCAGCAUCAGCAUCAGGCCCAGCAGCAGCAGGACAUGUACGCCCAGGGGGACAUGUACCGCCGAUCGGCGGUAUUCGUCUCGCAGGCAGCCCCCUACCAGACGGCGUACAAUCGGGUGGUGCCGCCGCCGGCACACAACGCCUCCAGCCGACAGGUGCGGAAGACACCGCUUAGCACUAGCUCGCCGUACGCGUCCAAGGACAGCACGACCAGCACUGAGCGCUUCCCGUCUUUUCCGUUGCAGGUGCUGCCCACACACCCGCUGCCAGCGCACAUUCAGUUCCCGACUGCCCAGUACGGCCAGUUCGGACCGCUGAGCCCGGCACAGAUCGCCAACAAGCACCACUACGCCUGGUUCGGCGAGUAAGCUGCUCGGGGAUCCCUCUCUCUCUAUCUCUCUUUCGCUGUGUCUCCGUCUCGCGUAAACUCCACGCAUCCUAAAGCACUCGGACACCGUCGACGUCGUCGUCCCUUAAACUAGUGUGUGUGUGUGUCUAUUUGUGUGCUGUUUUAACACGUAUUUGGUCGUCGUCUUAUCGUAAUCUCUGCCGCAACCCGUCUGUUCGGGCAACCGUCAACGGCAACGGGAUGAAGGAUGUGAAGCAGGCCGACGUUGGGGUGUUCCGGUGUUCUUUGUGGUCAUGCUGGCGCGUUUAUAUGGAGCAGUUUUACUGGGGAGCGUUAGCGUUAGAGAGGACAGGGUGUUAUACUUUUUUGUGUAUUAACUUUUUUCCUUUCUUUUUCUACGAUCGGUGUAGAAGCAUGGAAUGUAAAAUUGUUUGUCGAACGGCGAAGGGCGUUUAGAGUAGCUGUGUCCAUGUCAGCGAUAAUUGUUUAGUUUUGUAGGUUCCCGUUUUUUAUAUGCCCAUCGUUUGAAUAAUCGCACGUACACGUGUACGUAUGGUGCGUUCGGUAGUGCUUACAGAGAGAUGAGGAUUAUGUUUACUUAGCUCUUUUCAUACUUCAUUUUUCAACGUGCUUUUUUGUCUACUAUUUGCCUGCAGCAUUGAAUGUGUUUGUUGCGGGAGCAUUCUUCUCAGUUUGAAAUCUAUAUUUUGUAAUAUCGCAUUAGUAUAUCGCGUCUUUGAAGCGAGCAAAACCAGCAAGUUGUACUAGAGUUUAGAGUGUAUGGUGUGUGUGUAUGUCUAUCUGUCUCUGAUAGCGAACAUUAUAAAGAUGUGCUACGUUUCAUGCAAAGUAGUAUUCUAACUGUCCCUUGCACCACAUAGAACCAUUGCUCUACGUAUGUUGAACACGAUGUUUCUUUCUUGUUUGUUUGGAAACAGCCGGCGGGUUUUGUUUCGGGCAAACUUGUCAGUGCAGGCGUGUUACAAGCAGGAAACUUUGAAUUCAUUGAUAAUAAUUGUACAGGAAACGAAGGAAGCAGCUAUGAGCUAGGAUAAACGUUAUACUGUUCAUGAAUGUUUCGGUGUUUCACACAAACUAAGAACUGAAUGGCUCAGAGGAGGAGGCGAUGUUACGGUAAUGCAUUCUUGCUAUAUUUGUCCGAUUAGGUUCUUUUAAUAGUGCAAAACUAUCUUACCUUUAGCGGAAAGCGAGAGGGGAAGGGGGUUUAGUUCUAUAUUGUAUUUUUAAAAUUCUCUAAUUUACGCAGCAACAUAUUGUAGAGGAGUGAGGCAGUGAUAGCCAUCACACGGUUAAACGACUGAUCGAAAGGGUAGCGGCCAAGAGUGAGAGGAUAUGUGUGUGUGUACAUAGCUAGAGAAACCUUACGUGUGAGGCAUUUGUGUUUUGAGAUAGCAUUGGGUGAAAACGCUUCACUGCAACAUUAUUCAGUAGCGCAAACACAUGCGAAAACAAGGCGAUAAAUGUAUGUUUGUAGCAGGUUCAGUACGCGUGUCUGUAUGGCGGAAAUGUGUUUUUCAUUACAUUUGUUUUUUGCACCUAUGGUUGUGUAUCGUCUUUUGAAUUGGCUCUGUUUUCACUUUCGCCCUAAGCAUAACUCGAGUACAUGUAGCACCGCACGAUGGAAGCAAGGGCAUAUAAAGAGUUAUCGUAUACCUGCGUGUAGCGCAACGCAACGGUACACGUUUCAAAAUGGUUGGUACCUGUUGAACAAUUGUAAACUAUUAUAGCAGCGGGAGGUCUAAAGGAAGCAUAACAAUUCGCAUUUAAGUAUUUGGAAGGAAAACUCACAGUGUGUGUGUGUGCGUGUGCGUGUAGUAGCUUAAUCAGAAAUUUGUCUUUUGUGAUGUUUGUUUCCAAUUUUAAUCAGCGGGAAGAUGGCAGUCCCUGUAUGAUCUGUUUGUCGCGUGCAGUGCGUUUGACCAGCUUUGUAUGAUUAUCGAUCACGUAUUGUGAAAUGCAUUAUUGUAUUUAUCCAAUUGUUCUGCUGGAGACGCAAAUGGCAUUGCUUUGCGUACUCUGUUGACAAUAGAUGUCAGACAGUAAAAGGGAUCAUUAAAGUAAAAUCAUUUAAUUUACAUGAACAUCCAACCAACACCAUUGGGGAACACUCACGUAUGGCUUUAGACAGGCUAACAAGAACUGCACACGAACUGGCUUGUUGUGCUGUGUGCGUUCGUUUAGUUGAGAGCGUAUGGGAUGAAUUUAACACUCUAUUUUAAUAUGCGUAAAAACAAACAUGUGGAAAUAUCCACCAAUGUUUAAUCAACAAUAAAUUAAUACAGAAAAUUGCCUUAUGUAUGAAACAAAACAAAAAAUAACAAUUACAACUAUAUUAAGUGUAACUAGAGCGAACGAGAGAGAGAUAGAGAAGAGGGGCUUAGUUGGUGGUAAUAUCUAACAGGGGUAACCUAUAGGUUUAGCUUUUUUUUCGUUUUAUCAAUAGGGGAAGGCAUCAUCCAGCGGGAGCUAUCUUCCAUGUAAAAACUAUCAUCAUUUUGCGUUGUAUUAAAGGUACGGGCUAAUAUUAGAAUAGUUUGCACAGACACAGACACACCACUGCAUAUGGACUGAACGGAAGUUCGCUUCCCCCGCUUUUCAUGCUGCUUCGGUGAGAAAAGUCUUUUUAAACCUACGAAGCGUGCGUUCCUGAUGCUUGCUUGCAUAGCACGUUUCGUUGCAGCAUUUGGGCGCUGUGCAAGCCCAAUUUGCAGCUGCAUUUGUGUGAAAGCACGGAUGAGAAAGGAAGACGCUUUCGCUCACUACACGUCCACAGCAAGAUCUCUACCGGUUUCUGCAGAACAGUGUCCUCCAAACUAUGCUGACGGGUUGUCGCGCAUACUGGAAAAAGCAACUAUUGAUUCACAACCCGCAGGUGGUACCGUUUAUCAGCAGAGUCAGACUGUCCUAGUUUACGUAUUGUUUUUCUUUGCUUAUUAAACAUGCAUAAGUGCUAAAUAUAUAUCUAUAAUAAUGUAACGAAUCACCUUCCACCGCACCUUCGAGGGGGAGAGCAGUAGGGAAUCUAUCAUCUUGAUCGAUGGCUCCAUUUGUCAUCCGAGUGAUUUUACGUACGUUUUCGUUUUUGUUUUAAUUAUAAUCAUAUAAGAAACACACAAACAAACAAACAAACUAAUCAAUAUAUAGAGAGACUGGCUAUAGCAUUACUUCAUUAGCUUAUUGUGUUAAGGUUUUUAUCGUUUACUGUGCCCUUUUUUCAUUCACUCACGUGUGUAAUUCAUUGGUUUGUGGUUCGUUGUGCUUGUUAUUGAUGACUCGAUUGACACCGGGCACAAUAAUAUGGCUCUAUAUGUACAGUACCUUCCGUUGUUGGGGUUGGGCAGCUCACCAGCGAGUUGAUUCAUUUAUUGUUUCACUUUUCCUUACAAAUAAAACAAAACUUUAGUGUUAGCUGUUUCCCGGUGAGGGGGGGAGGGGAACAGCAGUAUUCGUAACUCUAUGCAUAUGAUAAUAUUCACGAGAUUAAUCGGUAAAAUGCGGUGGUGUGUGGUUGUAGUACAACCGGCAACCCACACUCACACACUCAAACACAAACGCAUACGGUCUAAGGGAAAAUGGUUGAUAUUGUGUAUUGUAUCUAUUCGGAACAAAUGUUCGUUUUAUUUCUACAAACAAAUGCGUUUCUGUUUUACUACUAAUCGAUUACCUUAUUUUGUGCUCACAAUUUAUAUAAAACAACUAAUAUAACUACGUUUAUCAAAACAGCAGAGCAGAGCGGCAGCGCAUCAUUAGCGUCGCGCCAGCCAGUUUAAAAGAUGGUAUACCUGAUACGGGAUUAUAACAAUAAACAUAACACUAGGAAAACACUGUAGAACAAAACACCAACCAAGCCAAUAAAUGCUCGAUACUCGAGUGAUAUAGGAGCAAGAUAGAGAGAGAAGAAGGCAAGCAAACACAGCGUUAAAAUAACUGGUUAAUUUUCAUAUAUUCGUGUUUUGUACUUUCGGCCACCUCUAGGAAGGGUUCCCCUAUAUAGAUAAUAUAUAUACACAUUUGUACGUGUACGCGUGUCAGUUCAGAACGCUGUCCGUUCAUACAAUUAAACGACAAAUUGCUUUUUUGACUAAAUGCACACACACCCUACUACUAGCCAUUACAAGCUCGAUUAUCAAUUGUAUCGUAACCGACAAACAACAAACAUUUAAAAGUGGGGCAGUUUUUGGUUGUUGUGUAGUUCCAACACUCUCGCCCCUGAGCACAAGCACGGCACAGGUCCGUCGCAGGGUUGCUCUUUGGAUUGUUCGAAUUAAUGAGCGGAAAAAAAAUCAUAUUUUAUCACUACAACACGGUUGGUUUAGUUUUUUUUAAAUAUAUAUUUGUGAGACGUCUCCCCGAUCAUCAUACCCCGCCCUACCUAUUUUGUACGAUAUGUAACUAUUAAUAUUGCCUUAUAUUAGGAGAAAAACAUAUGACAUACUACAACAAAUACUACAAGCGGAAAAAUAAUCAAGCUCAGAGUUGAUAGUUGUAUCAGUUUUCUUUUUGUAUCUAUAUCCCUCGGUAAAAUAAAAUACGCGCAUAAUUAUACUACGUGUGAAAGAAUGGAACAAGAUAAUUUAAAAGCAAACAACAAACAAAAACGGGGGAAGGAAGCGAUAUAUUGGUGGACACAAAUGCAUUGACCCUAUUAUCACUUAUAGAGAACAAAACACGAUACACACACACACACUCACUAAACAAAAACAAAGCAUACAAAGCAAGCAUAAGAGUAUAAUAUAAUUGGUAAAAUGUAUAACAACAUACAACGUUUAUAUAUAUAUGCAUAUAAAAAGUUUAUGGUAACGAAACGCAAAACGCAAAACAACAAAACGCUCUGCCCUCGGGCAGUGAAUAAAGUCAAAAGAAAAAAGUGAAAAAAUCUUUACAAAACGUAAA